GUUUAGGUCAAUUCACAUAUUUUGGUCUGUAGUAUCUCCAGUUUCGAGAUUUCCCAACCUUCCCUGUAUAUACGAACAGGUAAACAGAAAGUUCCAUUCAUUAUCUUCAUUCUUUUCCAAAUGUGAAUAAUAAAAACGUACAACAGCCGACUAUUUUGUAACAAGUCAGAAAACAUACAUAUGAGAAACGGAGCAUUGUACAGCAUGUAAUUAAACAUAAAUCAAGCUGGAGGUAUAAGUGAACCGAUAUGUUUUUUAGAGACACCAUUGAAGAAAUUAUGAGGGCAGUUAUAUAUUCGGCAUUGAUGUUUUUUGAGUUUUUUAUCUGCUAUUGUUUCCCUGCCCAGGAAUUGAUGACACAGAGCAAAGAACUUCCCGAUAUCUUGUACUGCACAAACUGGUACAGAUAUCAGAAACAUUCCAAAGAUGUGUUGACGUUUCUUGGCAAAUGUCAAGUACCAAUAACAUUGAAUGUAGGAGGAAUGGUUGAAUUGGACCUAAGAACUGCAGUCGCGGCAUUGAAGACAAUGGUAUCUUACAGCAUGUUUUUGAGAACUAUGACUUUGCUCUCAGAAGGCUAAAGUUGAGGAUGCUAUGUUGAAUCCGGACAGAGGCAUGUAAGAAAUAUAUUUUUGUAUUUGAUUUGAUGUUAAUAAACUG